CGAACCAGGAACAAAAACUAAAGCAGCGACGGUUGCCUCCCGGGCUCAUAUUCGGAUCGGACAGGAAGUGCCUUGGCGGGUUAUCGUGUUUUCACCCCACGUGAACCGUAUAGUGACGAUAAGUGACGGCUAACAGUUUUCCAAAUACAUUUUACUUAAUUGCACUGAAUUAUUUGACAGAAGAGAUUCGACCUAGGGCAAUAUGGCUGAAGUAAUUCAGCAGAGAAUAGAAGAUCGCAUCCCGGAGCUUGAGCAGCUGGAGAGAGUUGGUCUUUUCACCCCAACUGAAGUGAGGGCCAUGCUUAAGAAAGUGUCAGCGCUUGAGUAUAAACUGCACAGAAGAAUAAUCGGUAAAGACGACUUUAUAACGUAUAUUCAGUAUGAGAUCAAUGUUUUGGAUCUAAUUAAAAAAAGAAGAAAUCGUAUCAGGUAUCAUUUUAAAAGGGAAGAAAUAGAAUAUCCUAUCAUCCAGAGAAUAUAUGAUGUUUUCAAAAGGGCAACUUCCAAGUGGAAGGAUGACAUUCAGCUCUGGCUCUCCUUUGUUGCUUUUUGCAAAAAAUGGGGUACUAAGAAACAACUUAGUAAGGUGUUCUCUUCUGUGCUUGCAAUUCAUCCAGACAAACCAGCUCUGUGGAUCACUGCAGCAAAAUGGGAAAUGGAAGACUGUUCCUCAUCGGAGAGUGCAAGACAAUUAUUUCUACGUGCCUUGCGAUUUCACCCUGACAACAAAAAGCUUUACCAAGAGUAUUUCCGAAUGGAGCUUAUGCAUGCCGAGAAGUUGUGUAAGGAGAAAAGCCAAUUAGAACAAGCCAAGAUUAACCUGGAUGAUUAUGAAUUUGCAGAAGAAAUCAUGAAAGGAGAAUUGGCAAAGAUUGUCUAUAAAGAGGCCAUUCAGAAAAUAUCUGGAGCAGAUUUCAUUUUGUCGUUACUGUCUGUUGCAUCCCUCUUUGACUUUGCUAAGGAUAUUCAAGAGCAAGCCCUGCAAGACCUGCAGAUCCUAUAUACUAAAGAUCCUUUGACAUGGGACUUCAUGGCCAAAAGAGAGUUAGAAGUAAAUUUGUUACCAUCUACAGAAUCUGUAUCUAAACAAAGUAAAGUGACAGACAUAGCACAAAAGGAGGAGAGAUGCAGUGCUGUUUACGAAGAGGCAGUGAUGGCUGUGCCAACAGAGGCCAUGUGGACUUGCUAUGUCAUAUUUUGCUUGGAGAGAUUUAAGAGGAAAUGUAACAGUACAGAUUUAAAACAGAAGAGAUGGGACAGGAUGAUGUCUGUGUGUCACAGAGCACAUGACCUGGGAUUGCUGCAGGAAUCCCUUUACAAGCCGUGGCUCCAUAGCUUACAAGCCUUUGGUCAGGAAGACAAGGCUACAGAAGUUGCUAUUGCUAUGACAAAACGUUUCAGCCAAUCAGUGGAAACAUGGAAGAUGAGUCUUCAAGUUCUCAUGGAGUCAAAAAGUGACAAAGUCCACAGUUUAUUCCAGGAGGCCCUUGCACAAGUCACACCCAAGGAAAGUUUACCACUUUGGAUUUUAAAAGCAGAGUGGACUGAAGCGAAUCAGAGCUCUGAAGAGAUUGAAGCCUUUUUUGCGAAGGGCGUCCUCUUCUUGGUUCCAGCCGUGUCUAUUGCUUUGAAGGAAAGAUAUCUAGACUGGUCUUUUAAGACUGGAGGAAUCAAAAAAGCCAGGAAGACUUUUGCAAGAUUGCAUGAAUGUCGCCCUCUGUCCCUUGAGUUUUUCAGACAAAUGCUUCAGAUUGAAAAAGAGCAGGAGAAAUGCAAAAUGGAAAACAUUAGAGAAUGUUAUGAGAGGGCAUUACGAGAAUUUGGAGCUGAUGAGGAAGAACUAUGGCUGGAUUACAUUAAAGAAGAGUUGAGUCACCAUCAAGGAAACCCAGAGAACUGUGGGAAGAUUUACUGGCGCGCAAUGCAGACUCUGCAAGGAGAGCAGGUUGAGAGCUUUGUAUCCAAGCACACACUGCUACAGACAGGACACUCAUAGGGGUGCUCAGUAAACCUGCUGUUUUCAUUUAGGUCAACUUUUCAAAUUUUUUGAUACGAAGAGAGGACUAUGUACAUUACUAUUAUUUAGAAUAAAGACAUUGUAUUUUGUUUUGAAUGUUAAGAAUUUUCACAUAUGAAAAGCAGCUCCUGUUUCAUUCUGAAGUGGCAAGUGGGGGAAUGUGUCUGAGAGAUCUUUCUUUAAAAUGUAGGCUCCGUCAAAUGCUAAGGAACACAUCUUGUCUUGGACUUGUGUCUUGAAUUAUAGUGCCUCUCAAUGUCCUGUGUAAAUAUUUGGGUACUGGUAUUCAAAAUUAGGCUAUAAAAUAAUGGAUAAAUUAAAUGACUACAGAAUAAUAAUCUCUGAGAUGCCCCUAACUUUACAUGAUAGGUUAAGGUAUGUAUAAAUUAUACCAAUACAAACAAACAUGUUCAGGUUUAGCAUUUCUGUGGGAAGGUUAGUGUAAUCUCUGAAAUACAAAAUGAGACAAUGUCUUAAUAUCUGCCUGUCCAUAUGUGUGCUACCAACAUAACUGAUUAGUAUUUUCGGUCAAAUAUUCUUUCUGUAUUUUGGAAACUACAUUUGGUCAGUUGAUGUUUUGGAAAUCUUAGUUUGUUUUCUUUCCAUGCUAUUGUUUUAUAUCCUAUAUUAUGUUGUUUGUGAGUUGGCCUGUAUGCCUUUUGAAUAAGGUAAUUGACAAACAUGAUCAUAGCUGCCAGUGUGGCAACAGUACACGUUUGCGGUGCUGUAACUGCACUUUUCAUAGUCAUUUUCUGAUUAUUUAAGUUGUUGAGCUACAUCUCCAUAUGCUACUUACCUCCUGGUAAAACAGAUCAAACCUC